UCGCGGCCGGACGGGGGCGCUGGCGCCGUUCCUUCAGUUCCGCGGCCGUCCUCCGGCGGGUUCCCAGAGGCCCUCAUGGGCGCAUGCGCUGUGCGGAGUGCCAGGAAGUCGGGGUGGCCUUUGGCCCAGGGCGGCGCUACAGGCCAGCUAAGGAUCAUCGCCCUGCCUGAACCACAUCAGACAUCCCACGAGGAUCCUCCGGGUAGACGUGGGCGCCCUCAGUAGCCAGCCGUGGAGACCGUCGCCGUGGUCAUCGUCCAGGGAUCCCAAGCAGUGCUGUCCUGGGGUUUCCCAGGAGAGCAAGCUUCAGCAGGCAACAAACAUGAACAACUCCCAGGACAGCCUUCCCGAGUCCUACGACUUCGACCUCAUCAUCAUCGGUGGUGGCUCGGGCGGCCUGGCGGCUUCUAAGGAGGCGGCCAAAUAUGGCAAGAAGGUGAUGGUUUUAGAUUUUGUCACUCCAACUCCUCUUGGAACCAGAUGGGGUCUCGGAGGAACCUGUGUGAACGUGGGCUGCAUACCGAAGAAGCUGAUGCACCAGGCGGCCCUGCUGGGACAGGCCCUGCAGGACUCACGCAACUACGGCUGGAAGGUGGAGGACGCAGUGAAGCAUGACUGGGAGAAGAUGACGGAGGCUGUGCAGAACCACAUCGGCUCUCUGAACUGGGGCUACCGCGUCGCCCUGCGGGAGAAGAAGGUGGUCUACGAGAACGCGUACGGCCAGUUCAUCGGCCCUCACAGGAUUAAGGCAACAAAUAAUAAGGGCAAAGAAAAAAUUUACUCAGCAGAGCGGUUUCUCAUUGCCACCGGGGAAAGACCGCGCUACUUGGGCAUCCCUGGCGACAAAGAGUUCUGCAUUAGCAGCGACGAUCUCUUCUCCUUGCCUUACUGCCCGGGCAAGACGCUGGUGGUCGGGGCGUCCUACGUGGCUUUGGAGUGUGCCGGGUUCCUGGCCGGCAUUGGUUUGGACGUCACCGUUAUGGUGCGGUCCAUUCUCCUCAGAGGAUUCGACCAGGACAUGGCCAACAAAAUUGGCGAACACAUGGAGGAACAUGGCAUCAAGUUCAUAAAGCAGUUCGUGCCAAUCAAAGUUGAACAAAUUGAACCAGGGACCCCAGGCCGCCUGAAGGUGACUGCAAAGUCCACGCACAGCGAGGACAUCAUCGAGGGAGAGUACAACACAGUGUUGCUGGCGAUAGGAAGAGAUGCUUGUACCAGAAACAUCGGCUUAGAGACUGUGGGGGUGAAGAUCAAUGAGAAGACUGGAAAAAUCCCGGUCACGGACGAGGAGCAGACCAACGUGCCUUACAUCUACGCCAUUGGCGACAUCCUAGAGGGGAAGCUGGAGCUCACCCCCGUGGCCAUCCAGGCGGGGCGGCUGCUGGCCCAGCGGCUCUACGGUGGCUCCACCGUCAAGUGCGACUAUGAGAACGUCCCGACCACGGUGUUCACCCCGCUGGAGUACGGCGCCUGCGGCCUCUCCGAGGAGAAGGCGGUGGAGAGGUUCGGCGAGGACAACGUGGAGGUCUACCACAGUUUCUUCUGGCCGUUGGAAUGGACAGUUCCAUCCAGAGACCUGAACAAAUGCUACGCGAAGAUCGUGUGUAAUCUUCAAGAUGACGAGCGCGUCGUGGGCUUCCACAUCCUGGGGCCCAACGCCGGAGAAGUCACCCAGGGCUUCGCGGCCGCCCUCAAGUGCGGGCUGACCAAGAGGCAGCUGGACAGCACCAUCGGGAUCCACCCUGUCUGCGCAGAGGUGUUCACCACGCUGUCAGUGACCAAGCGCUCCGGGGCCAGCGUCCUGCAGUCCGGCUGCUGAGGCUAAGCCCCGGUGUGGGUGCUGCCCCCGACUCCGAGCCACCUGCAGGUCCCUUGCCCGGGUCCAAGACGGAGGCACCAUCGGUGCCCCGACCAUGCCGGGCUCCUCGGAUCCCGAGGGUAGGAGGCAGUGGCAGAAGGGGGCAGCGCUGCACCGGGGUUGCACAGACUGGGAGCUGGCGUGCGGCGGCACCGUAGGGUGCGUCCAUGAGGUCACCAGCCUCAAGCCCGAGGGUGGGCGGUGACGGAUCGCGCCGCGUGGCUCAGCUCAGCCUCUUCUCUGGUUUUCCCCGCUCGACCUCGAGCUGUCUAACGACGGUCGUGUUCGCCUUUUCCCCUGGGGCUUGAAAUGCCAGUAGCGAAGACUCAGUCCACAGGCGGUUUCUGUCCAGGCGCAGGUCCGGCCCACGGGGAACCUGCCAUGUCGCCGGGGACCGCGCCGUGACUGGCUGGCGGGUCCUGUGCUCCAGGCCUGCCAGGAAGGCCGCCUCGCCCAGCGGCACAGCCCGGGUCCAGCACUGCUCCAGCUGGACAUGCGAGCCGCCGGUCCUCUGUGCGUCUUUCUCUUCUUUUCGGAGGCAGCCGUCUUCCUGCGCCAGCGCGUAAAGCCCUGAGAGGUCGGAAGGCAGCCGUCCGUGUCCUAAGUUAUUGUUUCUGAACACAGGUGGAUGUGAAGGAUUUUUACUCAGAAGCAGGAGCUUUUGACCUUUUCUGUUGAAUGGGCGACAGCGGUUGGCGGGGAUUGGGCAGGGUGCACUGCUGGUGCUGCCCACACCUUCGGGUGGACACCUCUGUCCUCGCUGGGCCGGGGACUUCAGGCCCCUCUGCCACCUCUACCACCUGCGACACCAGUGGUGGCUUGAGUCCAUUUCUGGGCCACCUCAGGGACCCCUGAGUCCACUGGUACCCUGUCCACCUGCUGCUGUGACGGAGGUGCAGGCAGGUAGCCUGGCAGGCGGCGGUGUUGAUUCACUGCUGAUUUGCAAGAGUGUUUGCCCGCCUGCUGGCGUCCAGCACAGAAAAGCGGGUGGCAGCCGAUCACCCUGGGCUCCUCUGGGCCGGUGCUGUCCACGUGGAGGACCCUGCUUCACACACUGUCCUGUCCCCUCUGUCAUCACCCACUGUACUGUGACUCCUGAAAUUCCUUGUAUUUUUUUAUUACACAUCUUUGAAAAAACCCAGGAACCAUUAAAAGGCGUUCAUACCC